AUGGCAUCAGAAUCCAUACCACUUUCCCUAGAAGGGAAAGUUGCAAUCGUAACCGGCGGCUCUAGGGGUCUUGGUGCCGACAUGGCCCUAGCAUUAGCCAAGGCUGGUGCAAAGGUAGUAAUAAUUUACGCCUCCCACUCUUCCACAAAUGCUGCCAACAACAUCAUAAAAGAAAUAUCCUCCCUCCCCCACAGCCUCAACAGCUCCAACCCCUCCAGCAUCGCAAUCCAAGCAGAUCUCCGUGAUCCUACUUGUUUUCCCGACAUAAUACAAAAAUCCCUAAUCCUUUCUCCCAGUAAUCAUAUCAACAUAAUCGUCAACAAUGCUGCCGUUCAAAUUGGCCUCCCCGUAUCAGAGAUAACCGAAAAUGACUUUACAGACACUUACACUCUCAACAUCCUCGCUCCCAUGUUACUCCUAAAAGCUUCUCUCCCAUACCUUCCCUCAAACUCACGAAUAAUAAACAUAUCAUCAGUAGCCGGUAGGUCCGGGUUCUCAGGUCUUUCCCUAUAUUGUUCUUCUAAGGCAGCUUUGGAAGGACUUACAAGAUCCUGGGCCGCGGAGUUGGGAACCAAUGGGACGACAGUCAAUGCAAUUGCCUGUGGACCCAUACAAACAGAUAUGCUAGAUAGUAUUCCCGAAAGGAUUAAGGGGAGGCAGAAGGAGGAUACACCAGUUGAACAGAGAUUUGGAACAAAGGAUGAAGUCAGCGAUGUUGUAGUCUGGCUGGCAGGGGAGGGAAGUAGAUGGGUCAGUGGCCAGACGAUUAAUGUUAGUGGAGGGUGGACGAUGUACUAG